AUGAGGGCGCACACCGGGAACGUGCAGUGUCCAUCGAGGUAUUGGAUGUCGCGCGGUCACUCGUAUGAAGAGCAGAGUGUGUGGAACCCGAAGUACUGCGUGGUUGGCGACGGUCAGAUGCUGCUACUGAACGAGGAGGAGGUGGAGAGGCGUCCUGCGUCAUGCAAGGUCCAUCUCCUGCGCCGCACCAUCAGCGUUCCAGUGGAAACUCAGUUUCCAGAAUACCACAGCCAGCUGUCCACGGAGAGCGGUGAGUCGCCUGAAGGCAUACCUCUGCAAUGA